AAAGUGGAAGGUGAGGCUGAAGUGAGAAAACGAUCGAUCUUAGUGAAUUGGCGAGUUUUACUGUUAAACAAGAAAAACUCCACUCUUUUGAGAAAGAGGGUGAUGGGUCGUCAUUAUGGGACAAAAAUUUUCCUUUUAAUGUCUUGGCGGAUGAAGUUGUUCAAUCUGCUUCUGACAUGAGUCGUAUUGAGGAAGUCGGAGAUGUUGGUAUAGACCAGUUCAUGCAGGUCAGCUAAACUUCGAUGUUUGUAUUUUUGUCAAAGUAAAUUUUUGAAAAAGUAAUUUGUAUCUGUGUGUUGACUUGUAGGUGUUGGGUUUUCGCUUAGCUAGCAUCGAUCGAAGUCAAGAAAAAAGGCAUAGGAAGAUGUUACAGAGUGCUGCGGAGAGUACGGAUCUAAAGGGGCAGCUGGAAACAAAAGAGACUAUGCUAGCUGAGCUGAAGAAAGAACUUUCUUCUACGAAGGAGAAAUUGAAACUUGAAAAAGAAGAGCAUGAAAGGGCAAUAGAAUCAUUAGGGAAGAAGGAAAGUGAAUUAACCACCAUGGGUGAGCAAAUUGUUGAGGUAACACUGAAAUUGAAACAGAUCGAGUCAAGCCGAGAAGCUGAUAUCCUCGAUGCCUUCGCAGAAGAUUUUGAGCGUGCCGUCAUCCAAGCAAAGUUCCUGUGUCCUGGAGGUGAAUUUACUGCUAUGGAUCCGAGCAAAAUAGUUCGAAACGGUCAGUUGGUUGAUGACGAGGAGGUGGCAGAAGAAGGCGAUGAUAACUUGGCCGACUAAAGUAUUUAGUUUUAUUUUGAACUUUUUGUAAUGUCGAAAUAGUUAAAGAAUAUGAACAGUCUUUAUGAAAACUGCGUAUUUUGAAUGGUUUAUGUUUGGUCCUAGUAAGGACUAUGAUACUAUACUGUUUGGCUUGCAAUUGAUAUAUAUCUGAUAAAUUAGGAUAUGGUUAGUCCCA